AUGGCCUUCAUCGGCACCGCCGCGGAAAUCCGCGACGAACUCCUCAAGGACGACGAGCCCAAGCGCGUCAUCAUCCGCGUCAACACCAAACGCCUGGAAUCCCACAACUACCGCGGCUCCGCCUGCGCCCUCGUGGCGGAGAUCUUCCCGGACUGGGAGACCAACGAGCGCAUCCGCUUCCUGCACAUCGAGAUCCGCAUCGGCCGCGCCUUCCUGGCCAUCGACCUCAACAACGGGCCCUACCUCCCCGUCGAGCUGGACCUGAACCCGAUCCCCGUCUACAUCCUCUCGAUCUUCCGCCGCGGCUGGGCCCUGGUGCGCUGGCGCCAGCUCGACCAGCACCUCGCCGACCAUCUGGCGCGCAUCUGCAUGCUCAACUACGAUAACCCUGUGCGCCCGUAUCUGGCAAAUUAUGAUCUGCGUGAGCUGUGCAGGAGACGCUCCGUGUUCUCAUGAGGUUUUGGCGUCUGGGCUCUGGUGGAUAUGAGAGUGUGCGG